AUGGGGGAUGCCAGCGUGGAACCAACCAUCUCCCCUCCCGACAGCACUGCACAGCAAGACUCUCUCUUCAGCAUGAUGGAUGUGUUUCUCAUCUCACUCAUCACCGGGCUUCUUACUUACUGGUUCUUCUUCCGCAAGAAAAAGGAGGAAGUCCCAGACCUCCCCAAAAUGCAGUCAGUAGCAGCUCCAGUGAGAGACAGCAGCUUCAUUGAGAAGAUGAAGAAGACGGGGCGUAACAUAGUGGUUUUCUAUGGUUCCCAAACGGGUACAGCAGAGGAGUUUGCCAAUCGCCUCUCCAAAGAUGCUCAUCGCUAUGGCCUCAGGGGCAUGGCAGCGGAUCCAGAGGAGUACGACUUGUCGGACCUGAGUCGCCUGUCUGAGAUCGACAAGUCCUUAGCUGUGUUCUGCAUGGCCACUUAUGGUGAGGGUGAUCCCACGGACAAUGCCCAAGACUUCUACGACUGGCUGCAGGAGGCUGAUGCUGACUUGUCGGGGCUCCGAUUUGCAGUCUUUGGGCUGGGGAACAAGACUUAUGAGCACUUCAAUGCCAUGGGAAAGUAUGUGGACAAGAGACUGGAGGAGCUUGGAGCCCAACGCAUCUUUGAACUUGGGCUAGGAGAUGACGAUGGGAACUUGGAAGAAGACUUCAUCACCUGGAGAGAGCAGUUCUGGCCAGCGGUGUGUGAGCACUUCGGGGUGGAGGCUACAGGAGAAGAGUCCAGCAUCCGCCAGUAUGAGCUGGUGGUGCACACGGAUGUGAACAUGAACAAAGUCUACACUGGUGAGAUGGGCCGUCUCAAGAGCUAUGAGAACCAGAAGCCGCCGUUCGAUGCCAAGAACCCCUUCCUGGCCCAGGUUACGGAGAACCGCAAGCUGAACGAGGGUGGAGAGCGACACCUCAUGCACCUGGAGCUGGAUAUCUCCAAUUCCAAAAUCAGGUACGAGUCUGGGGACCACGUGGCAGUGUACCCAGCCAACGACUCUUCUCUGGUGAAUCAGAUUGGUGAGAUCCUGGGCACGGAUCUGGACACAGUCAUGUCCCUAAACAAUUUGGACGAGGAAUCCAAUAAGAAACAUCCCUUCCCCUGCCCCACGUCCUACCGUACAGCCCUGACAUACUACCUGGACAUCACCAACCCACCCCGCACCAAUGUCCUCUAUGAGCUGGCCCAGUACGCCACGGACGCCGGCGAGCAGGAGCACCUCCGCAAAAUGGCAUCGUCUGCUGCCGAGGGGAAGGCUCUCUACCUCAGCUGGGUGGUGGAGGCCCGGAGGAACAUCCUGGCCAUCCUGCAGGACAUGCCCUCGCUGCGCCCCCCCAUCGACCACUUGUGUGAGCUCCUGCCCCGCCUGCAGGCCCGCUACUACUCCAUCGCCUCCUCCUCCAAGGUUCACCCCAAUGCCAUCCACAUCUGUGCCGUGACGGUGGAGUACGAGACCAAGACGGGACGCCUGAACAAAGGGGUGGCCACCAACUGGCUCAAGAACAAAGUGCCAGACGAGAACGGGAGCACCUCCCUGGUGCCCAUGUAUGUCAGGAAGUCGCAGUUCCGCCUGCCUUUCAAACCCAGCACGCCCGUCAUCAUGAUCGGACCGGGGACUGGCAUUGCCCCCUUCAUUGGCUUCAUUCAGGAGCGGGCCUGGCUGAAGCAGCAAGGCAAAGAGGUGGGCGAGACGGUGCUCUACUACGGCGGCCCCGGGAGAACAAGGACGACCUGCCGCCGUGAGCACGAGGACUACCUGUACCGCGAGGAGCUGGCCCGCUUCCAUCAGGAGGGAGUCCUCACGCAGCUCAACGUCGCUUUCUCCAGGGACCAGGCUGAGAAGGUUUAUGUUCAGCACUUACUGAAGAAGAACAAGGAAAACAUCUGGAAGCUGAUUAAUGAGGGGAAUGCUCAUAUCUACGUGUGCGGCGAUGCCCGCAACAUGGCCCGGGAUGUGCAGAACACCUUCUACGACAUUGUGGCCGAGUUUGGGAACAUGAGCCAGCCCCAGGCUGUGGACUAUGUAAAGAAACUGAUGACGAAGGGCCGGUACUCUUUGGAUGUCUGGAGCUAA